UAUGUAGUUGUAGUAAUAUAGGGAUACAAACAAUCCAAUCCUGCUUUUGGAUUGUCACACAAGCCCAUAUAUCUCUUGUCCUUUUUUGUAUCCUUUUCCUAACUCAUUUGAACAAUGUACAUGUUAGUAAUGGCAGAUUCAAUGAUUAAUGAUGGGAUAAAGUCUGUCUUGUUUUCCUUUGUCCCCACUUCUUCUUACAAUCUCUGGUACCAUGUUUAAUUCUUUGUCUCAGGUUCCUUCAUAUAUAUACACAUAUAUAUAUGUAUAUACAGUACUACUAUACUCAUAGCUUAUUUUCUUGUAGUAGUUAGUUUCCAUGGAUUUGGGACUUAGUCUACGAGCUUUGCAGCCCGAUUCUUGUCACGAGAAUUAUGAGGUCCUGGUGGAUUGGAAUCAACUUCAUCCGCAGAUGAAAGCGAGUAGUUAUUUACGAGAUGAAGAAUCGGAGGGGGUUCAAAGCAAGCAGAAAUGGAGUUAUGUGAAAGUGAAUAUGGAUGGUGUUAUUGUUGGUAGAAAGAUUUGCAUUCUUGAUGAUAUGGAUUAUUUCAGCCUUGCACUUCAAUUGGAAGACAUGUUUGGGAAGCAGUCAAUAUCUGGACUGAGGCUGUUUGAAGCUGAGUCAGCAUUCUCAUUGUAUUAUAAGGACAAAGAUGAGCUGUGGAGGGCUGUUGGGGAUGUUCCAUGGAAGGAGUUUGUGGAUCGAGUAAAGAGGAUGAGAAUUGCGUGCAAGGACGAAGACCAGCGCGUGCCCUCUUCGUCUGCAUUUUUCUAAUUUUUCCGGGACUUCGAUUUAACGAGAGAUUUGUUAUCUAAUCUUAAA